GCUCAAUCAUGAUGGUUUCUAAAAGUCUGUACUGUACGCUGUGGAUGUUAUCAUUUUUUGGCCAGUGUUUAAGUGAAGAUCUGCAGUUUUCUGAUACUAGUACUGGAGUUCUUAAAGGAGAAACUUCACUAGAAGUGUUUGAAAAUAUAACUAACGUUAGGCUUGUUGGCCCAGAAGAACCAUUAAUAGAGGGGGAAUCAUCUGCUAACAUCACUACUGAGGGAACAGGCACAAUCACCUCUGUGCAGUGGAUGAAAGAUAACAGUCCUCUGUCUCCUAGCAACAGCAUCAUCUUCUCAUCUGAUAACAGAUCAGUGUCCAUCAUUCUAGUGCAGAGAUCAGACAGUGGGGAAUAUCAGUGUACAUAUAGCAACCCUGUCAGCUCUGAGACGGCAAAACUUAACCUGAUCGUCAACUAUGGACCAGAUGAUGUUUCUAUCACAGGUCCGAAUGUGGUGGAUUUAGGGGUUCGUGUGUCGCUCUCUUGCUCUGCAAAUUCUGAACCUUCUCCCUCAUUCAGCUGGAGGUUUAAUGGAUCAGACACUGGUGUGACCACAGUCACAUUCACCAUAUAUCAGACUGAUUUCACAAACAGUGGAGAUUAUGAAUGCACAGCCUGGAAUAAUGUCACUGAGAGAAGUGCCACACAAAAACAUGCUUUACUAGUUCAAGGAGGAGGAGGAGGAGGAGGAGGAGGGCUGACAGCAGGACCGAUAGCUGGGAUUGUCAUUGGGGUUUUAGCGGCAGUUGCAGGCAUUUGUGGUCUGAUUGUCUAUUUAACAAAAACAAAUAAAAUCCCAAAGUUACACCAACAACAAGAAGGCAAAGCAAGUGAAGCAGCACAAAGCAAACAGAAGACUAAGGUGAGAGAAGAUAAAGCGAUUCCAGAGGAGAUGAAUGAACAUAUAUAUGAGAAUUUCGAAGAUGAAAAUGUGUAUGAGAAUGAGUAUGUAAAUACUCCAAGGAGGCCAAGGGCUCCUACACCUCCUUAGGUAUCAGGUACUCCUCCUGUACGCAGGUGAGGAUGUGAAGACAGUGAAAUGCAUUUACUGCAAGAUGAUUUAUCAGGCUGCAUGAUUUGGGACAAAGCCAUUACCAUAUGCACUGAGAUAUAAAAGCCAAAUGUCUGUUAAUAAUGUGAAAAACAUGACAUAUUAAAAAAGGACACAUACAAAUAACAUCUACAGAUCUGUAUUGAAAUGUUCAUUUGCAGGCUCACACCCUUUUGCCUAGCUCCUUGGAUUACGUUCGCUGUUGAUUGACCCUCGCCCGUGUAACGGAAUACUCUUUUUGUCUUGCUGUCUGUACACCUGUUCGCCUAUGUUUAACCAAGCCUGUUUUUGACCAUGUCUUUGUCGAUGUACUUUAAUAAAAGCUCGUAUUUGGAUGCGCCCGCUUCUGAAACCACAGACAACCCUAUUUUUUGUAUGGCUGUCACAUUUUUAAAAAAGGUUUAGAACCUUAGG